AAAAACAGGUGCAAGCCUUUUGCUUGCCUCUUGCUUUGAGCCAAUAAGAGUCCAACGAAUGUCACGUCACUGUCACUAGAAUAAAGUGGUGUGAUAUGUGACGGAAUUCAGAUCGAUUGAACUUUGCACAACUCUAUAGUCACACACGGAAACCACGCUGCUUUUUCACUCUCUCUCAAAGAUAAGGCGACAGUCGUUGCCCGCUCAGUGUUUGAUGAAUAUCCGUAAUCAAUUUACCGGUAUACUACUUGUAAACUGUGAUUUUCAUUUUUUAUAGACAAUAGACUUUGAACGGUAUUUCAUCACUCAAAGUUCGUUCAUUCAUUGUACAAAAUUCUAGGUGUGCUAAGCGUCUAAAAAAAAGUGAGAUACUUUAAGUGCAUAUACACAUCACCUCCAAAGCAAGAGUCGUUAAAUAAAUCAAGAUUCGACAAUGAUUCUUGAUUGUCUUAAAAGCAGCCAAGACGAUAAACAUAUAUAUAUAGUUAAUAUCUGCAAGUGUAAAGCCGAUUUUAGGCAUGGUGUCAAAAUGGACUUUUGUAAUCUUUGGAUUUCUUUUUCACGUCUCAGUCUCCGAAAGAAACGAUUUAAAAUCAAUAAUCGAUUGGAGUGCUUUAGAAUAUGAAGAUUCUUGUAUUCAAAUUGCCAAUUCUACGUGGGAUUUUUUAAAACAUCCUACGAAACAAACUCUUCACCUUUGGGAAGAGGCACUAUUCGAAAACAACUUUGUAAAAGAACACGAAAAAAAUGAAACGGCAGAAUUCAUUAACGAGAAGAGGCAUAAUUUUCAUACGCAAAUGAAAUUAUUACAAAAACCAGGCGACGCAAUAAUAAACAAAGAAAAUUGGAAAAAUUUCAGUCAUUUUAUUGCAACUGCAGAAUUAAUGAGAAACAAAGUUGAAAUUUCAGGCAAAUUAUCGCGAGAAGUUGCGGAAAAUUUAUUGUCACGCAGCGGAGAAGCAAAAGAAAAAUUAGAUGUCUGGUCUAGUUGGCACAAUCAUUUGGCACCUUUGCAAACAAAUUUUUCGAAAAUUUUACCUCUUGUCAAUGAAGCAGCUCAAAUUAAUAAUGAAACAAAUGCUCAAACUUACUGGGAGUUGUUAUCCGCAUAUCCUGAUGGUUAUGAUGAUUUGAAAUCCUAUUGGGAUGAAAUUUCCAAUCUACACAAGUCUCUCGUCAAUUUGGUGUCUGAUCGCUUAUCUGCAAAGUACAAAAUUUCGUUAAAUAAAUCCGUUCCUACACAUUUGUUAGGUUCGUUACAAGGCAAUGAUUGGACAAAUCUCAUGACAGACAUCAUUCCUCACACUGAUCAAAUUUUCAGAAUAAAAGGAAACAUGUGGAAAAAGAAUUUAUAUGGAGAAAAUUUGUAUAAAGUUGCAUCGCAAUUGGGCGUAUCAAUGUUAAAAAUUUCACCAGAGGCAAAUUUUUGGGAAAACAGUGAAUUCAACAGGACAUGUCCGACAAGAAUCGUUAACUUUUGUCGAGAGGGAAGAAUGAGAGUUUUUACUUGCUAUGAAGCGUCUCUUUCAAAUUACAUAAUGGCCCAUAAAAACGUGGGGAAAAUUCUAUUCAAUCAAUUGGCGUCUAGAUCAUCGAAUCCAAUUUUCGAGAUUUCCAAUCGAUUUUCCGUUUUAGAGGAAAGUUUCGCCGAGUAUUUUGGUUUAAUGUCAAUGAGUCCAAUUUGGUUGCAAACAACUGGAUUGGUGGAAAAAGAAAUUUGGGAGUCGAAUGAAGAUUUAGCCGAAAACUUGAGAAUAGUUUCGAUGUUAAAUAUUUUACCUCGAUUGGCCUACUAUGUCUCGGCAGACUUUUGGCGAUUGAAAGUUUUAAAAGAAAAUAUCACCGAUACAAAGGAACUCGCAUUGUCAUGGUGGAAACAUAGAUUAGAAUACGAGAUUGUAACAACGAAUCAAGAGGAAAUUCCAUCAUUUUUAGAUGAUGAAUUUAUCACGAGCAACAAACCUUAUCUUUCAAAAUUUAUUGGGACUCUUCUCGCUUUCCAAUUGUACAACCAAUUUCAUUCAGGCCUGGAAUUAAAAUUUACUCCAAUUAGUGUCAAUCAUCUUUUUGCAAAAAUUGCCGUCAACUCUAGUCAAGAAAAUUGGUUAGAAUCGUUAAUAAAUUUAACCGAAAAUGAAAUCGACGAAGUCUCAACGUAUUCAUUAACGUCGUAUUUUUCAUUUUUCGAUAAUUUUCUAAAGGAGCAAGGCAAUAUCAAUUUUCCAUUACCGAUAAACAAACAGAGUGAUUUUGAAAAACAAGAGGCAGAGUAUCGAGAAAAAAUUCUUACUCCAACGACGACAACAACAACAACGACUACAACAACAACCACUACAACCACAACCGCAAAAACAAUUACAAAGAAAGGAAAGAAGGCUGCUUCUCUGAAAAUAUCCACAGAAUCAGAAAUUCCACCUACAGAGGCUACGAAAGCAAAAAUUUACAAUUUAGAAAUUCUCGAUGAUACGGAGAAAAAAGAUGAAAACAAACCAAAGCCAACAAAUAAAGCCGUUUAUGCGGUGGGCGCCGUUCUCGUGGCGACAAUAUUAGUUUGUAUUAUUGCCAUUUUCGGCAGGAGAAGAUGCACAAAAACACCAAAGAAUCGAAGAUACGUUUAACGUUUAGAAAAAAAAGACAAAAACUUUUUCCAUUCAGGACAAAAAAAUUAUUUAUUGAUAAUAUUUUCCAUCGGAAAUACGUCACUAUUUAAACUCUUCUUUACGUUUUUAUUUCAAUGAGUAGUUGACAAUUGGUUUCAUUUAAUUUACUUUCAUUUGCUAUAAGCAAAUGAAAUUUUAAAAUUAAUAUUUAAUUAUUACCAUCAAUUUUGAU